AUGACGGGUGUAGUCGGUCUGCUACACCGGAAUAAUCUUGAACCACGCAUUGUAUACGAGGGCAACAACGAGGGCAACAACGAGGGCAACAACGAGGGCAACAACGAGGGCAACAACGAGGGCAACAACGAGGGCGACAACGAGGGCGACAACGAGGGCGACAACAAGGACGACAACAAGGACGACAACGAGGGCAAAAACGGGGAGCGGGGCUGCAGGCCUCAGUACGAGAUCCACCUCACUCGAGGACCUUGUAGCGUCCCUCAACUGGGGAGACUCACGGGGAUCCAAUUCAAACCCUCGUCGUGGGAGAAGAAUGUUAUAUUGCAUGGUCUUGAACCACGCAUUGUAUACGAGGGCGACAAGAAGGGCGAUAACGAGGACGACAACGGGGGCGAUAACGGGGGUUAUUUAGGCAAGUGUGUCCCGAAAUGCUGGAACGAUUUUGAUAUCGAGAUAUCCCCCGUCCUCGAGGACCUUGUAGCGUCCCUACCUCGCAGAGCGGGGCUGCAGGCCUCAGAGAAGAAUGUCAUACUGGAUGGUCUUAAACCACGCAUUGUAUACGAGGGCGACAACAAGGGCGACAACAAGGACGAUAACGAGGGUAAUAACAGGGGUUAUUCAGGCAUCGAGAUCUCCCCCUUUCUUGAGGGCCUUGUGGCGUCCCUCGACUAG